AAGUCGUUGCCAUUCGACCUCUGCGGGGCCUGCGCGGACGCAGCGAGAACCCUGAAAUUCAUUAUGCGUUUAAAACCUUUAUUUAUUUCCGCAUAACCUACAUACUCUCACCGGGAGGGCCAGGCAGGGGAAAGAAACGACGGCGGGCCAUCUCUUUCGGGGAAAGACAUCGCUUUUAAAUUCACUGUUUAUUCGCUGGAGGGUAGACACUGUUGGGAAAGUGAAGAUAGUAAUAUUUAUAAAGAAAAAAUGUCCGGUGAGAGAAAUCGCAGGUCUCUGGCUUUCCGAGGAGGUGGAUCAGCUGGGUUAACGGGCUCCAGCGGCAUCGGCGGGGGCAACUGUAACAGCUGGGAGGCCCCGGCCUGUCAAGACCGACAUUUUAACGGGAAUAGGCCGGAUCAAGAGGAGGACAGGGAUCUGGGGGCGAAGGGACCGUCGCAGAAGAGAGUGGAGGGCGCUGGGUCUGUCAGCGACAGCACGGAGCCCGAGGCGGAGGAGGAAGAGGACCCGGAAGGGGGCAGCUGUGCAGCCGGGGACGGGGACGAUCGUGCGGGCUCGGUUGAAGGAGACGACGGGUGUAGGGAGGGAAAUAGCUGGACAGCGGGGAACGGUCCCACCAACAACACUGAAGAAGGACAAGAGUGUCGGGGCGUUGUGAGGGGAGGCGAAACUGGUUCCAGGAAAUCUGGGGUAGAGAUGAGACCGCAGACCCUGCUUCAGAAACACUCACGAUUCCACGCUGCGUGGCUGCAAGAAUUCCCAUGGCUCAAAUUCUGCCAAGAGACGGGACUCAUGUCUUGUUCUUGGUGCCACAACAUUGCCACUAAAAACAGCGACGAGCUCGUCAAAGGGAGCCGUAACUACAAGCGGGCCUUGCUGCUGAGACAUCACCUGUCUUCCGAGCACGGUAGAAAUGACCCCACCAAACAGGAGACUGUGAGACCAUUGGACAACACCAGCCCCUCCACUAACUGCUCAGAGGACGACUACCGCAACAAGCCCAAUGAAAACUCCUACUGUUACCAGCUACUACAAGAGUUGGACAAACAGCGCAAAAGUGGCAUCCUCUGUGAUGUGAACAUAGUUGUCUCAGGCCAGGUGUUCCGCGCGCACAAGAACAUCCUGGUGGCGGGCAGCCGCUACUUCAAAACUCUCUACUGUCUGACCAAGAGCGAGGCGCAGGACCAAGCCACUGUCACACACCUUGAUGUUGCUGCCGUGCAGGGCUUCUCGGUCAUCCUCGACUUUCUCUACUCCGGAAAUUUGCUGCUCACAAGCCAAAAUGCCAUUGAGGUGAUGACUGUUGCGAGUUACCUCCAAAUGACGGAGGUUGUACAGUCGUGUAGGGCUUUCAUAAAGGACGCUCUGAAUAUCAGCAUUAAACAAGAGGCUCCUGAUUCGGUGGUGGUGGACUACAACAAGAGGCAGACUGUGGCCAAGGAGGGACAGAGAGGGCUGGAUCGGAAACCAAGCAACUUUUGGGCCACGAGUAUCCUGUCCAAGCUGUCAAUCAAGGCAAGCGGCAACCAAGGAAAGGAUGCAAUUGAAGAAGACGAUGUUAAUGGCAGGGUAAAGGAGGAAACCAGUGAUAUAGAGGUGACGGGGGCCGGGGUUGAGGGCUGUGCCCUUGUGACCCCAGGGGCGUCUGGUAACUGGACCCACCACAAUGAAACCUCAUCUGACUCAGCAGAGACCAAUGACAUGCGAGCAGCAAGCAGCCAGACGCAGGUCUUCGUCUGGAACGAGCCGGUCGCGGGGGGCACCGCGGCAGCGCCUGCCGCAAUAAAGCGAGAGGCGACGGACGCUGCUGCGGGAAGUGGGCGGCGGAAAAAGCAGACCACCACAAGGCGAUUCGUCUACAACUUCCAGCCAGAGCCUGAAGAAGGAUUCGAUGAAGGGAUGUUCAUCCAACCGUCGGCCUCCUACCCCAGAGAGGACUUCUCCUCACUCUCAGAAAAUGCUGAGCUGGCCAAUCAGAUCCAGUAUAGCAUCAUGCAAGACUUACAGCAAGGGGAGUCCUGGGAGAAUGGCGAGGCCUCACACCUAGCCCUCAAUAAGCUCAAGUGCCCCCACUGUAACUACAUCGCCAAGCACCGCCGCACACUCAAGAGGCACCUGAUCAUCCACUCAGGUGUGCGCUCCUUCAGCUGCGACAUCUGCGGCAAGCUGUUCACCCGCCGCGAGCACGUAAAGAGACAUUCCCUGGUGCACAAGAAAGACAAAAAAUACAAAUGCAUGGUUUGCAAGAAGAUCUUCAUGCUUGCAGCCAGCGUCGGCAUCCGUCACGGUUCGCGGCGCUACGGUGUGUGCGCCGACUGCGCCGACUCACACCAAGCCACUCAGGAGGGCCUGGAGGGCAUGGAGUUUCCUCGCGAUGACGACUUUGACGGCGAGGAAGUGGAGGACGUGGAGGGGGAGGAGCCCACCGACAACGACCAAUCAAACUGGGGCGAGGGCAACACCGCCGCCGCUCCAGACGAGGACUAAAAAAAAUAAACAAGCUUGAGAAACAAAUCUGAAAAAAAAAAGUUGAUGUUUAAUAUAUAUAUAUACAUAUAUAUAUAUAUAUACAUGUAUGUACACAAAACCUAGCUGGUAAACAAUCAACUCCAAAGUGCUAUCAAACCUCGAGGUUACUUAAUUGUGCAAGUACACAACAAAGAGAUGUUUUUUUUUUUUUUUUUUUAAAGUUUUGUUAGUAUGGGAACUCCAAUAUGUACAGAUUUUAUUAUUAUUAUAAUGUGUCCAACUCUGGGCCCAGCGCCUAUAAGAGAAUGAUUCUAAUGAUGAAUUAUAUGAUGAAUCAGGUUUUUGGUGAUGUAUUUUUUAUUUCCUGUUUGUUUUUCGGGGUGCAAGUUGGGUGGGGUGUUGUAAUUUUCUUUUUAUUUUUUGAGUUGAGGUAGGCCAAUCAUCUAAACAAAGAAAUGUUAAUUAUUUAAUUUAUGAAAAGAGCUUAUUAUGGUCUUAUUAAAUGCUAUUUUGUUUCUGUUUUUUUUUUGUUUUUUUUUUUCUGUGUGCGCGAGCAAUCUGAACGUGUGUUGCUUGAGGCACACAGACGAAGAGCAUUACUGUCCACAGGAAGAGUGAUAUUUGCUCUGUAGAGCUGGUUUAGACGCGCUAAAUAUUGUAUUCGUUUCUGUUUUGUUUUUGUCUUUCCUAUUUUCUUUCCCUGCUAAAAUCUUGGAACCAAAAAAUCUGUUUUGUGACUCUAAUGUAUCACAGCCAUAUUUAUGAUUAAUUUAAAGAAAGAAAAAAAAAAAAAGGGCUGUGAUAUUGUGCCAAACAGACCGCACACCAAGAUUUAGCAGGAAACAAAAACUACUGAAUAUACUUAAAAAAAGAAAAAAAAA